AUGUUUGAUGAGCUGCUCACCAGGCUUGGCCCACGAAUCACCAAGCAGGAUACAAACUACAGGAAAGCCAUCAACCCAGGGUCGAAGCUGGCAGUCACUCUACGCCACCUAGCGUCUGGUGACAUGUACUCCAGCAUGAAAUUCGACUUCCGACUCCCAGCGAAUACAUUGUCUCUUGUCGUGAAGGAAGUAUGUCAGGCCAUAGAAGGCGAGUACAAGGAUGAGGUGAUGAAGUGCCCUAUCACUCCUAGGGAAUGGACAACAGUAGCCGAGAAGUUCGAGCGCCGCUGGAACGUCCCUCACGCGUGUGGUGCGCUUGACGGAAAACACGUUGCCAUAAGAAAGCCAGCAAACAGUGGGAGCCUGUACCAUAACUACAAGGGAUUCUUCUCCAUCGUGUUAAUGGCACUAGUAGAUGCUGAUUACAACUUUUUGUGGAUAGACGUGGGGGGAGAUGGCUACAUGUCAGAUGCCAUGAUCUACAACGACUCCGAACUGAAAGAGUGCCUCUGUGACGGUUCCAUAGGUUUUCCAGUUCCUGCACCUCUGCCAUACGACAACCGGGAUACGCCAUACUUCCUCCUUGGCGACGAUGCAUUUGGUCUCCGGACUUACAUGAUGAAGCCCUACGCAGCGCGCAACCUGACGAAGGAACAGCGAAUCUACAACUACCGCAUCUCCCGAGGCCGAAGAAUAGUCGAAAAUGCCUUUGGCAUUCUGGCACAGCGUUGGCAGGUUCUACUAGGGACUAUGCAACAGCAGCCUGAGACAGCAAGGCUCAUUGUGGAGGCUUGUGUUUGCCUCCACAACUUGAUGAGAAUGCGCUACCCGACCGUACAGAACGGAGCUCUCGACCACGAGGACGUCAACCACGAAGUUGUCCUAGGUUCGUGGAGGAACAACGUGAAUAUGCACGACGUGGACCGGGCUAAAGGCGCUAACAAAGACAGCACUGCUGCGAAAAAGCAACGUGAAUAUUUAAAGUUAUACUUUAACUGA